UGGCUUAAGUCUAUGCGACCAGGCCGGUAAAUAAAGAAAAAGAAAAAAAACGCAAUGAAACGUGCUUUCGAUUUAUUAAUUUCGAAUUCGUGAUUUCAUUAAGAAACAUGGUCAACGAAAGUGAUGAUUUAUCUACUAAGACUUGGCAACGAGCUCUUGCUUCAAUAAACAAACUUGGAUACAUGGACGGAGCAGUUGAUGGGAAAGAGGCUUCAUUCCAGUCAAGUUUUGACAAAGGGUACACAUUAGGCUAUAGCUCUGGAUUCGCAUUAGGACUAAAAGAAGCAUUACACAGUGUUCAGCCAUCCAAAUAUCCAAAAGAGGUAUUGCAAGACCAGAGGAAAAUAAACUGCCAAAUAUGUCUAAACAACAUACUGGUACAAGACAGUGUGACUAAUUUGUACAAUCUGCAAAAGGAGACAAAUAACAGACUACUUAACAUAGAUAAAAAUACUGAAGAAGGGUGAUGCUACAAAAAUUUCUACAGAUUACUAAAAAUCAAAAAUGUUUACGGGUGGUGAAUGACUGCAAAGUAAAUGAAA